UGGUAUUUUCCCACCCGAAUGCAUAUCUACCUAUUCCUCCAACUACGCUAGGUGCGAGGGGUAAGAAAAGUCGUUGGAAGCUCCUCUUCAUGGGAAUAUAAGCUUAAUGGCCGGCCAAAUGACUGGAAAAUCGUCUUCCCCGACCCAACAAUGACAUAUCUAUCAGUAGUCUGGAAAAGCAAGCCCAUUUAGAGAACAAGGAAGAGGUCUGGCUAAGAGAAACGACCCUGACGACCCACGAAAUCAGCGAACUCCGCAAACAAGCUUCAGGCCUCAUGUUUCUCUCUGUAUCAGUACUGAACGUACCCUUUCGCCCUGAGAACUUCAGUACCGCCCUUCCAUCAUAUGCAAAUAAUCCACGCGAACUAGAGCUUCGAGGACACGCCGCCCGGACCAGAGACAAUCAGGGGGAAGGCUUUCAGCAAUGGCGAUCGCAAGGUCAAACAACAGAUUUCAGCCGUCUCAAAAGCUUGCGCAAAUCGACGGUGAUAUCUACCGUAUGGUUCAACCCGUCCCGCGAUAAACCGCGUGGGUUCUGGUGGAACGGAGACUCUCGACUAGGCACAUACAAACUCGUCCCAUACAGUCUUGAAAAACUCACUAUGGAGUUCGAGUACCUAAUGUACACCUUUCCUGUCGGUGAUAUGUACUAUGAUACUUUCGUGUUUUGGUCACCAAAUCAGCAGCAGAAGGGUUUCGGUUGGAUCCUAGGUAUUUCCCAGCACUCACCAAGAUAUCCUACUCUGAAAUCACUCAACUUGACGGAAGCAAAAAGACUGUCGAUCCCAGGGACAUUAGUGCCCAGUAGGCUGUGGCCACAAUCCCGAACCCUCGCAGAGCAAGAUAGUCAUCAAUAUCACCAGAUCUGCCUAUAAGUAAGGCGAUAUGCUGAAAGGAGAUAUUGACGCUUGUUGCAGCAAGCUUGGAGCGCGGACUCUCUCAGCUCUCGUGAAAGGCAAGCGAGUCGAACAAGCUUUGACGAGCUGUCAAUGAAGGAAGUGAUGACAUCUUUGACUUCAGUAGGAAGAGUCUCGAGACUUGGCUUGUUGGUUUGGUUCUGAUUCAUGAUUGCAAUGGAAGAUAUGGAACAAGAUGACAG